UGGCAACUCUACUCCUGUCAAAUGAUCAUCGUCCUCGCGUUCAGGUAGCUAGUGUUUGGUGUUUUUAGAAACUGACGUCUACGAUUUUUUUAAGGUGACGAUGAGCGACGAUGACCGAGAUAUCGAUAUUGAGAGCGACGAAGGGGAUGACUCUGAUUCCAGGCAAAGGCAUUCUAACAACACACAGUACUAUUCCCAGGCCGAGAAGCGUGCCCACCAUAAUGCUUUGGAACGUAAACGAAGGGAUCACAUUAAAGAUAGUUUCUCGAGUCUUCGAGAUUCUGUACCUGCUCUCCAAGGAGAGAAAGUUGCCAGCCGAGCUCAAAUCCUUAAAAAGGCUGCCGAGUAUAUACAACAUAUGCGACGCAAGAAUUCCUCUCAUCAGCAGGACAUUGAUGACUUGAAGAGACAAAAUAGUUUACUGGAGUCCCAGAUUCGAACUCUCGAGAAAGCUAAAAUUACGGGAAACUUUGCGGCUGAAUCUUGCGAAGUGUCCAAGUCAGAUUCAGUUGAGCUGAAUGGCUAUAAUGAUUCAGAGUCUGAAUCUUCUGACAGCGAGAGUGGUAGAGCCAUUCGUCACUCGAAGAAGCUAAAGGUGGCUGGACUUCACCACUGAUGAAUGCUCGACAUACCUGCUCUACUAUAAUCACCUUAAAACUUUAUUUUGAUAAAACAAUCAACUUGUUGUAAGUAAUAUAAAUGUACCACGUAGAUUUAUCUUGUAAGAUAGAUACUUAUUUAAAUAAACGAUAAUUAGUUUUGUUUGUACUACAUCUGUUACAAAGAAAUCAUUGGAACUUUAUGAGGUGAUGUCUCCUAAGGGAAACACUUUGGUAAUUUAUGCUUUCUUAAAUCAAUGUGAAAAUCAGAGCAUGGGUGUAAAAAAAAUUUAAGCGGCACAAUGCACAGCCAACUUUGCAUAUAUUAUGUAGAAAAUGUAACAGUAGUACAAUUUCAAGCAUUAGACAACAAAUGAUGCAGAAAUAUACAAUGUUUCUAGAUAAAAAUUGACAUUCAAUUGUAAAGAAUAAAGGGUAUGUAAAUAAGUUUUUAGAAAAUAAUAAAUCAUGAAUGGUUUUGUUACAA